UCUGUGGCUCUUCUCGAGUCGACGAGCGAGCAAUCGACCGAAAGCAAAGCAAAGGCUGUUCGAAAUUGAGCUUCUCAUCGGAACGGGACGAGCUCUGCAUUGCGCUACCACGCUUCGUCCGACCGAUGGCAGCGAUGGCUUGUGGCAGCUCAAUGGUGCUCGGGAGCAUCCCUUGCAGUGCAGUGGCCACUCCCUCUGCUUCUGGAGCUGGACGUACUGAAAAUGCUGCAAUUACCAGAAGUGGCUUCCUCGGAAGUGCGUCUGUGGGGUUCUACAAGACAGCAGCUGCUCAGCUGUUGCCACAGACCAGGAAGAGCUCGCAGAAUGUGGAUUACCAUCGAGGGCAGGUGGUCAUGACCUCGGAAUUCGAGAAGACGAACCCUUUCGCAGAUGAGUUGAGAAGAACAGCUGCAUUCAUUUCAGCGCCCGGGAAAGGAAUUCUGGCCUCGGACGAGAGUAAUGCCACCACUGGCAAGCGAUUGGCCACCGUGGGUCUCGACAACACAGAAGCCAACAGGCAAGCAUGGCGUGAACUUCUGUACUCCGCCCCGGGCCUCGGCGAUUACAUCAGUGGCACUAUCAUGUUCGAAGAGACCUUGUUCCAGUCUUCCAGAGCCGGUGUCCCGUUUGUUGACAUCCUCAAGCAGCAGGGUAUUCUGCCUGGAAUCAAAGUCGACACAGGGCUCCAGCCUAUCGAUGGAACCGAUGGAGAAACCGCCACCCAAGGUCUCGACGGUUUGGCUGAGCGCUGCAGAAGAUACUACCAACAGGGUGCUCGAUUCGCCAAGUGGCGAGCUGUAAUUAAGGUGGAUUCUGAGAAACACCCUUCCUCCACAGCUAUCAUGGAAAAUGCCCAUGGUCUUGCUCGCUACGCGCAGAUCUGUCAGGCUAAUGGGCUCGUCCCAAUUGUCGAGCCGGAAGUAACAUUGGGCGAUGGUGAUUACAGCAUCGAGCGAACCGCUUACAUCUCUGAGAAGGUCAACUCUCAUGUCUUCCGCUUCCUGAACGAGUACAAUGUUAUCCUUGAGGGCAUCCUCCUGAAGCCCAACAUGAUUCUUCCUGGUCUGGAUGUGCCUACCCCUGCCCCUGAAGAGGUGGCGAAAUACACCGUGCGCACCAUGCUGCGUUCCAUCCCUGCUGCCGUCCCAGGUAUCCAUUUCCUGUCCGGUGGAAUGAGUGAAGAAGAGGCCACCUUGAACUUGAACGCCUUGCAGGCAUAUGGCCCAACCCCCUGGUCACUGACAUUCUCUUACGGCCGCGCCCUUCAGUCCAGCACUUUGAAGAUCUGGUCCGGAAAGGAGGAGAACUGGGAUGCCGCGCAGCAGAGACUCGUGGCACUAGCCAAAGCCAACUCUGAAGCCCAGCUCGGCAAGUACACUGGACCUCAUCCAUCUCCAGGCGGAACUCGCAUCCUCCAACAACUGCGACUCGGUGGAGCUGGAAAGUAGAGUUCUUACUAAUGCGGGCUACUCGAUUGUACAGUAGUAGUGAUGCUGACAAUAGCAAAGGAGAACAGCAAGCCUCUUAGAGUUUUGUGUAAAAUAACGACGGCCCAGUUCCGGCCUCUUGUUCUUCAUCCGAUUGCCUGCUGCACGAGGUGGCAUUGCCAGGGGAGAUAGUUGAGAGCAGUAUCAUAGCAAUAUAUUCUUUGAAUCUGCACCAUCAACAAGUGCAAGUUGAUCAUUUUACGCCUGUCGGUGAAAGACAGGUUGUAGCUUACUACAAAUAUUGUUCCUGCCGCACCACAUAUUCAAAAGCGGUGGCGUCUGUGAUUUUUUCACAAAUUUGAUGACAUUACGACUAUGAAUUUCCGUACAGUAAAUUCCUUCUU